CACAACCUUUUAAAGUCGAAACCGUCUGAAAGCCCAUCCCAAGGCCCUCCGGGAAGCUCUGCGCACGCGCGCCAGUCGCGCGACAUCCGUCACUUACGGCCGGAGCGGUUCGGGCCGGGAGUUGGUGGCGCGGUGCAGAGCUCUUAGGAACGAACGGCUUGGUCGCAGACCAGUAUCCGGGAGUGUGAAUUUCAGGGUUCGCCAUGGAGCCGGAGCAGAUGCUGGAGGGACAGACACAGGUUACAGAAAAUCCUCACUCUGAGUACGGUCUCACAGACAACGUCGAGAGGAUAGUAGAAAAUGAGAAGAUUAAUGCAGAAAAGUCAUCAAAACAGAAGGUGGAUCUACAAUCUUUGCCAACUCGUGCCUACCUGGAUCAGACUGUUGUGCCUAUCUUAUUACAGGGACUUGCUGUGCUUGCAAAGGAAAGCCUCAAACUCUUUGGGUUUAAGCAAUUCUCUUGCCUCAGCCUCCCAAACCACCAAAUCCCAUUGAAUUUCUAGCAUCUUAUCUUUUAAAAAACAAGGCACAGUUUGAAGAUCGAAACUGACUUAUUGGAAAGAACAGAAAAAUUUGAUUGCUACUGUAGAUUUACAUGAUUAAGAGGCAGCUUUAAUUGCCAUGAUUAUUUCCCCUUUCUGGAAGUGUAAAAACUAUCAGUACAACAGAACUUAUUUCAGGAGUUGCAGAAGAGAACACAUUUCCCUUAAUUUGAUUUAAUCAUCAUACUUAUUUAAUGAGUGUAUUCUGUGCAAUUUUUUCUCAGAUUGUCUUUAACUUUGUUUUUAAAAUGACCUUCAAAAUAAACUCUCAAAACA